AAACACAAAACAAUAAUUAAUAUCCAUAAUCUCUCAAGUCAUGGCCAACCGUUCUUGCUCGUACUUUUUGGCUUUGGUGCUUCUCGUCUCGGUUAUGACAAUGUUACCGGGAGGUGAAGCACAAAAGAGAUGCGUAAAAGAGUUGGACCCAAAUACGCAAUGUGUACUAUAUAACUGCAGGGCCAAAUGUUUCAAACAAUUUAAUGGAUUCGGAAGCUGCAUUGAGAAACCUUAUGGCUCCGAGAAAUAUGUUUGCAGUUGCGCUUAUAAUUGCGGUUCCGCAUGAUUUUAUUACAAACGUGACGGAAUCAAAGCUUCCGACAAGACAAGAACCUGAUACGUACGGUUGUUCUUAAAGUUUGUUUAAAUAAGUGACUGCAAUGACAGUUACAUGUGUGUUUAAAAACGCUGUAAUGAUCUGAAUUAUAUGUAAAGAAUUGGAAAAAAUUAAAGAAUA